AUGCCCAACCCUAUCCGCGCAGCACCCGCGCCCCUCCCCUGCCUCCCUCCCGUUCUCGCCGCCGCCGCCGCCUGCUCCCUCGAGAGGCCCGAUGAGGCACGGUGGAGGUGGGCGGGGGCAGAGCGCACGCGGCUGCGCGGCGUGGAGGCGAGCGGGUCGCGCGGCUUCGUCCACCUCCGCCGCGCCCACGGGCGCCUCCGCCCUUGCCUCCUCGCUGUCUCCGUCUCCUCCGCCCACGGCGCCGCUGGCACCUUCGCUCGCGGGCUGCUCAAGCUUGGCACCUCCUCCCGCCCCGAACUCGAGGUCGCCGCGCUGCCCGUGCCUCCGCCGCUCCUGCAUUGCGCAGGCUCCUCUGCGUUCGCACACACGCACGCCGUUGCGCUGGGUAGCGAGGUGUUCCUCAUCGGCCGUGGCGCCACGCUGCGGGUGGACGCGCUCACGGGCGCUGCGCGCGCGUGCGUGCCCACGCUGUUCCCGCGGAAGAAGUUCGCCGCCGCGGCCGUGGGCUGGCGGAUCUACAUCGCGAGCGGCUCGGUGCGCACCACGGCGGUCGAGGAGUACGACCCGGCCGCCGAUACGUGGCGCGUCGUGGCGGAGGCGCCGUGGCGGAGGUACGGGUGCGCGGGGGCCGCCGCAGGCAGCGUGUUCUACGUCGCCGGCGGGUUGGCGGUGUCCGGUCACCCCGUCGGGGAGGGCGCCGCCCCACGCGCGCUCGAGGUACACGCGUGCGCCGGGUCGGUGGACGCGCUGCAUGUGGCGUCGGGCGCGUGGGCGUGGUCGGCGCGGCAGCGGGCGGUGCCCGGCGGCGGGUGCGUUGUGGGCACGUGCGGCGCUGGGGACGGCCACCUCUACGUGGUGGCGGGCCGGCCGCGCGGCAGAGAAGGGCAAGCGGCCGCGCGGUGCGGAGGCGGGCAGGCUGUGCGGCAGAGCUGCGUAGGUGGGCGGUGGCGGAGCGGGCGGGGCAGACGCACGGGCGGUGCGCAGCAGGGCCAUGGCCGAGGCGCCGUGCGGCGGCGCAAUUUGGCCAGUAGUAGCGCAGCAGGAGGGAAGGGGAAGAAGAGGAAAAGAGUGGCUGACAAAUAGGGCCCACGUAAUGGAGGAGAGGUGGGUUUAAUCAGCUUAUAAGUCAUCUAGACCCAAACAUGCAUGAUUUAUAAGUU